AUGGAGUCCCCCAAAAUAUGGUUCAUUACCGGAGCUUCAUCUGGUUUCGGUCGUUGCAUGACAGAGCUCGUGCUCCAAAACGGAGACAUCGCGAUCAGCACGCUAAGGAAGCCAGAAGCUCUCGUCGAUCUCGCUCGUAAAUACCCUGAGCACAGGCUAGUUGUCCUCAAGCUUGACGUCACCAAACCGGCGGAGAAGAAGUUUGGUCGCAUCGAUGUGAUUUUCAACAACGCUGGAUGCCUCGUCGUUGGCGAGGUGGAAAACACUGAAGACCAUGUCGCACGGGCACUCUUUGACAUGAAUUUCUGGGGCGCCGUGAACGUCAGCAAAGAAGCGAUUCGCAUGUAUCGGGAUGUGAACCAAUCUCGCGGAGGAAGACUUCUCCAGAUAGGUCCGUUAAAUGGCUUCUAUCACGCCACUAAAUUCUUAUUAGAGGGUUUUAGCGAAUCCCUUGCUGCCGGACUCGACCCAGCAUGGAACAUAAAGGUCACGCUCAUCGAGCCCGGGCCGUUUUACACAAGCAUAAUCGACAAUGCGGUAAACGUCCCACCGCAUCUGGCAUAUGACAACUCUGAGUUGCCUAGCGUCGCCGCGAUGCGCCUUCUCUUAAACGGCGAUUUUUUCAGUGAUGAUGCAAUGAAGGCUGUCGGCAAGAUUACGGUUGUAUUUAAAAUGUUCCACUCCUCGACCCUUAUAAACGCUGCAAUUCGAAACAGGUCGCUGAACAAUGUCUUUCCCAAUCGAAACCAGCGCCGCACUUGA